AUGACUGUGGCAGCGGCCCUGGCUGGACUCCAGGCAGAAGCCAAUUGUUCCGUCUGUCUGGAGGGCCUGAGAGUCCCCGUCACCACUGAGUGUGGGCACAACUCCUGCCGCUUCUGCAUCCAGCGGUCCUGGGCUCACCUGGAGGACAGGUUCCCCUGCCCCGUGCGCCACCACCCGUGCCAAGAGCGGCAGGUGAGGAGAAACACCCAGCUGGGCAGGAUGAUCCGUGUGGCCAGGCUGCUCCAGAGCAGCCGGAGCAACAGGAGGAGAUGCGAGGAGCCGCGUCUGUGCGAGCUGCACCGCCAGAUCCUGAGCCUCUUCUGCGAGGAACACGUGGAAGUGCUGUGUCCCCUGUGCGCACGGACCCCUGAGCACCAGGGCCACUUGAGGCCGGUGGGCGAGGCCGCGGCUGACCACUGGCAGAGGCUCAGCGCUUACGUGGAGCCUUUGAAGAGGCGGGUGGCAGAUGCCCAUAGCCUGGUGGCCGCGCAGGACAGAAAGCUGCUGGAGCUGCGGGAGCUGGUGCAGCGCCAGCGGCUGGAGCUGGCCUCGGAGUUCCGGCAGCUGAGCCGGGCUGUGGACGGCGAGCAGGAAGCCGUCCUGGCGAGGCUGGUCCAGGAGGAGCAGGACAUCCGGGAGCAGCUGGGCGCCAACAUCACCGCCUCCUCAGACCACAUCUGCGAGCUGCGGGGCCUCCUGCACGAGGUGACAGAGAGAAGCGUGCUGCCUGGAGCCAGGCUGCUGAGUGGCAUCGGGGGCGUCCUGGGCAGGUGCGAGCGUCUGAGGUGCCCCGACGUCUACUCCUUCCAGCUGAGGCGGGAAGGCUGCAGCCCGCCCCCCCCGCAGCACUCAGCUCUGCAGAAAAUCAUUCAGAAGUUCCGGGAGGACGUGACCCUGGACCCCGAGACAGCGCAUCCCAACCUGCUCGUGUCCGAGGAUAGAAAGUCGGUGACGUUUGCGAGGAGCAGGCAGCUUUUUCCCCAAGCGCGCAGAGAUUCUGCACGGAGCCUGCGGAGCGGCGCUGGGCGCCUGGAGGGACAGAAACACCUCUGGACUCUGGGGCUGCGCGGAGGGGAUUGUGAGGCCCGCGGGCCGUGGGGCGCCCUUCCCCUGGAGCUGAAGGAGGAGCCUGGCGGGAUCGAGGUGUAUCUGGACUAUGAGUUGCGUGCAAUUUCCUUCUGCAGUUGGACGGACAGGUCCCACAUCCACUCUUUCACCGACAAAUUUUCUGAGAUCUUAAAGCCCUAUUUCUCUGUCGGAUGCUAUACUCAACCUCUUACGAUCUGCGCAGUAAGAGAUUACUAA